AUGGAUGCUGUUUUAAACUGCAGAAAGGAUGACCUCGAGGAUUAUUAUGGGUUACUAGGCUGUGAUGAACUGUCAACGGUAAGUUGUGAAUAACAAAAAUAGUGUUUUUGUUGAGUCACACAUAUUCUGGGAUCGACAAGAUGACCAAAGUGCUUCGAUUAGACUUAAGAAUCGGGACUUUAUAGGCAGGGUAAGUACACUUGUUAUAAAUCAUCUCAAAGAGCAGGGUGUCACAGUAAAACGUUGUUUUUAGCAACAUUUAGGCGAUAUGGGUUUCCAAACAGAUCCCUUAAGUUAAGAAGCUUUUAAGAGGCCCGUUGAGUUUCAAUAAGUCAUAAUUUUAAAUCAGUUCCCAAAACGGGGUUAACAAUUACAUGCUCACAAAAACACAAUUUCCUGCUGAUUUAGGAGAGUGUUUUCGAUAUUCUUAGGGUGACAGCGGGGCGGCAUUGAUCAUUGAGACUCUUUUCUACAAAACGGUCCUUAAGAUCCCGUCCAAACAAAGAUGACUUUUUAAAGAACUUCAUGAUACACUGUGCCAGAAAUACGAUCAUAAAUAAUAUGGACGGUUUGCAUGAAUGAUUGCAAACACUCUAAAGCGAGACACAAACAUCAUGGCGCAUGCGCCUGGGUUUUUUUUUACUUUAGCUUUAUUAUAGGCCACGAAUUUCAUUCACAAACAACAAAUGCAGGCUAUUACAAGAAGACAUGUUCGACAUGCUCUAAAUGUCAUUGUCUGUUGUACCGUAUCAAAAUAAGAAACACUGUGUUAAUUGGGAUUCAUGAAACUGUGCACAAAUGACAGUAACAGGGAAAAAGAAAACAAGGCAAAACCAAAAGGAAAAAAAUGAAAAGAGAGACAAGGAGGAUCUGCUUGCUGAUUGGGUGAAAAUAUUGUGCAUCAUCUUGUGUUAGCCAUUUUUUGUGGUAGCAUAUACUUUAUAUGGCCAAUGAACAUUUUUUAAACCUGCGCUUAAAAAAAUAUAAAAUGAGGGUAAUUUGUAUAUUUUAAUGGUGUUCUAGUCAAAGUAAUCUACUUUGAUUAAUUUUCUGUGGAAAUGGAAUCGCAGAAAAUAAGUUAUACAGCAGUUUUUGAAAAUAUCACAUCUUUUCCUAUUACUUUAAAGGUAUCUUCCUGAAAUUAAUCAAAAGGGCAGUGGCAUGAAAACAGACAUAGACGUUCAGUAGUUUUUGUCUCACACUCAUAAAAAAGUGCAUCUUUUGAUCAUCCUGGGAAAUACUUAAAAAUACUGAUUUCACAGUUAAGUAAAAACCUGAAAAUUACAUAACUGAUUUUUAUUGAAGAUAUAUAUGAGGCACAAUGGAAUAGUGAUAUGAGAUCAAGAUGAUAUCUACAUAGAACUGUUGGUACACUGUCUGUCCAUUGAACAAAUCCCCUUAAAGGCAUCGGGAGGAGGUUUUAACUGGUGAAAUGGCCUAAAACUGAUACUGAUAUAAAUUGGGACCUGAGAGUGGUGUCUGCCACUUCCCACACAAAGUUUGUGAUAUAUUCAAAAACUACACUUGAUAGAAAAAUGUGAGUACAGGUGAGCAAACUCUUACCCAUGUUCAGGCACAGUUUAGAGGCAGGGGGAAAUUGGUGAUGUAGUUGAUUCGAGGGUAAACUGAAGGCAGAUUUAAUCAUUUACAAGUUUUUUCACAUUCAAAGCCAUUAAAUGUCAUUAUAACUAAUCCAAUUCAGCAUGGUUAUGAAAGUUGACAUUUUCUAUUUACACACUAGUGAAUGCUUUUCAACUUGUCAUUAAGAAAUAAAAGCUUAUCUUAUUGGGUGUUGCAGGUAUCAAAUUGAAAAUGAGUGUAUAUUUUCAAAGAACGAUCAAGUUUAUGUUACAUUAAACUUUGUGUAUUUGUCUUAUAAUAGGGAAAGUAUUUACAAAUCAUUGUGUUCUGUUUUUAUUCAGAUUUUGCUCAAUGUCCCAACUCCAUUAGAAUUGGGGUUUGUCAGUCCAGUGAGCAUUUCUAACCUUAAACUAAAGCUGUUGGAAAAACAUUACUGAACUUAAGCUGUGAGUUGCAGGCAACAUGUUUUCAAUUGCAAAAUGGCUGAGUGGAACUCCUCUGUCUCCCAAGUCCAUGGCCUUAAGUUCAUCAGAGACUUUUGGCUGUCGUCUUGUAAAUAGAUUGCAUCAUGCUGUAGCAUUCUCCUCUGCUGACACAAAAACUAUAGGAAUGGCCAUUGUUGACGCAGGGACGCAGUCCUCCAAUGAGAGCUUUAACAUCCUCGGCAGAUGACAUGGGUAGAAUAGCAAUUGCCAAACUAGAAUUUAAUUCAAGGGAAAUAGUUCUUAUAUUCGUGUAUGCUCCUAAUGAUUUCAACAGCUAUUUCUACAAUUUAAUUACUCCAAAAAUAUCAGAAAUAACAGACUAUUUAUUCAUUGUAGGUGCAGACUUGAAUCCAGUGUGGGAUCCAGUUCUUAAUGGGUCGAGUGUAACCUCCUCAGGGGGCAGGUCAUGGCCACGAACGCUCAUGUUGGUUUUGUAGGGGACCCCAGAGUCCCUUUGGAUGCUAUAAAAGGCUUCAUUAGGAGUAACACAAUAUUAUUUAGCUGUAAUGCACACAAAUCCAGAUCCCUGCAGUUACAAAAUCUUGAGGCAGAGUUUUCCAGGUUGGACUCUGUUUUGAAAUCCAAGAUAAAAAAAAAGCUAGGAAAAGAAGAACUUUAUUAAUCCCAGAGGGGAAAUUUGAUAAUUCUAAUUUUCCAGAGCAAGUUGCUCUACAACGUACAUGAGUUAAGAAGGAAAUAAACAACAUUUUGAAGUAACAGACAGAAUUUAAAGUUUCAAAGAUAUUAUUUUCAUGGUGCUAGACCUAGCCACCUCCUGGCCAUGAGAAUUAGGGCCAGUGACCACUUUUCAGACAUUAAAUUAGCAGAUGGCAAUAUUACCUCUGACACUAAACUGACCUUGUUCCAGAAAAACAAGGAGGAGGACCCCAGUAAGAGAAGACAAUAAUAAGAUCAUCUGAGCGAGUCUAGCUUUAUUCAUUGGGGAAAGUUGGACUCUGAGGUAAAGUUCGGUGGUUCGGCAAAAGAGGUAUGCCCUGGAGUGGUGUUCUCCCUCACUUCUAUAUAGAGAUGUCCAUAUAAAGUCCCCCAGACACAGGCUGAGUGUGUUUGCAAUUAUUCAGAUAAAGAAGACCUGGAAAUAAAAGCUAAAAUGCUGACCUCUUGCCUCAUUCAUCUUUUGAUGUCAAACCCAAAUGUUUUCAAUCGACAACAAAAAUACAGGAGUUGGCCUCACUGUUCCAAUCCUUUCGGAAGGGAGUGUAUGUGUCCUUUUCUUGAAUUUAUGCCCUUCAAAAUUAAUUACUGUUAGUGAUUGGUUCCUUCAAAGUAAUAGUUUAUAUAAAUAUGAUAAAGUAAAUAUUUCUUUAUUGAAUCUUUUAUAUUUCAGACUGAACAGAUUCUUAACGAGUACAAGAUUCGAGCCUUGGCAUGUCAUCCUGAUAAAAACCUUCAAGACCCAGGAGCAGGUAGAUGGGACCUCUUAUACAGUGUUGGAAAAAAGUUUGGAAUAUUUGUCAAUUCAACCCCAGCCUCAUGUUUAACACGGUCUGCUGCUUUCUGGAGAAUUAUUCAAAGACUUUUUAAUGUUCCCUGGUCUCUGUGAUAUGUUUUUGAAAUUCACAUCAAACUAUGUUGUUUCUCAAAAAAUUGUAGGGCGGACACCUCAUGAUUCACAAAAAGCCAUAGAAAUAACGCAUAAAAUCAUGAGUCGGUAUUUAAUAAAUAAACGGCUGUAAUUUUAAAUUGCCACAAAAUACGUGGACCAUCUUUGAAAGCAACAUCAAACAUAACAAGACGAUAACAACAAUACAGUCAGUACUCUGUGUGACCGCCUCUAGCAUUGUACAAUGCGCGUACACGUCUGGGCAUGCUGGUCACUAGGUUGGUAAGAGUUUCAACCGGGAUUUCUCGCCAGCAUUGGAUCACAGCCUGAGUCAGUUCAGCCACGUUUGUUGGAGGAUCAUUCACGUUAGACGAAACACUGAAGAAAAUAUUCCAAACUUUUUUCCAACACUGUAUAUGGCCAGAAUUUUAUAUAUAUAUGUAUAUAUGUAUAUAUGUGUGUAUAUAUAUAUAUAUAUAGAUAUAUAUAUAUAUAUAUACACACAUUUAUAUAUACACAACUGUUCAAAAGUUUGGGUCACUCAUACAUUUCCUUAUUUUUGAAAGAAAAGCACUGUUUUUUUCAAUGAAGAUAAGAUUAAACUAAUCAGACAUACACUCCAUACAUGCGGUAGAUGACUAUUCUAGCUGCAAACGUCCAUCACUCCAGUGUUCUAAUGGUACAUUGUGUUUGCUGAUUGUGUUAGAAGGCUAAUGGAUGAUUAGAAAACCCUUGUGCAAUUAUGUUAGCACAGCUGAAAACAGUUUUGCUAGUUAGAGGAGCUAAAAAACUGACCUUCCUUUGAGCUAGUUGAAAAAUGAAGGCUAUUCGGUGCAAGAAAUUGCCAAGAAACUGAGGAUUUCCUACAAUGGUGUGUACUACUCCCUUCAGAGAACAGCACAAACAGGCUCUAACCAGAGUAGAAAGAGAAGUGGGAGGCCCCGCUGCACAACUAAGCAAGAGGACAAGUACAUUAGAGUCUCUAGUUUGAGAAAUAGACGCCUUACAGGUCCUCAACUGGCACCCGCAUUAGAUAGUACACGCAAAACGCCAUUGUCAACGUCUACAGAGGCGACUCUGGGAUGCUGGCCUUCAGGACAGAGUGGCAAAGAAAAAGCCAAAUCUGAUACUGGCCAAUAAAAAGAAGAUUAAGAAGGGCAAAAGAACACAGACAUUGGACAGAGGAAGAUUGGAAAAAAGUGUUAUUGAUGGACGAACCGAAAUUUGAGGUGUUUGGCUCACACAGAAGAACAUUUGUGAGACGCAGAACAACUGAAAAGAUGCCGGGAGAGUGCCUAACACCAUCUGUCAAUUAUGGUGGAGGUAAUGUGAUGGUCUGGGGUUGCUUUGGUCCUGGUAAAGUGGGAGAUUUGUACAAGGUGAAAGGGAUUUUGAAUAAGGAAGGCUAUCGCUCCAUUUUGCAACGCCAUACCAUACCCUGUGGACAGCGCUUGAUUGGAGCCAAUUUCUUCCUACAACAGGACAAUGACCCAAAGCACACCUCAAAAUUAUGCAAGGAGGCAGCUGGUAUUCUAUAUGAAAUGGAGUGGCCAGCACAGUCACCAGAUCUCAACCCCAUUGAGCUGUUGUGGGAGCAGCUUGACCGUAUGGUACGCAAGAAGUGCCCAUCAAGCCAAUCCAACUUUCGGGAGGGGCUUCUGUAGGCGUGAGAUGAAAUUUCUCCAGAUUACCUUAACAAAUUAACAGCUAGAAUGCCAAAGGUCUGCAAUGCUGUAAUUGCUGCAAAUAGAGCAUUCUUUGACGAAAGCAAAGUUUUAAGGUGACCCCAAACUUUUGGAAAGUAGUGUAUGUGUGUAUACACACACACACACACACACACACACACACACACACACAUAUAUAUAUAUAUAUAUAUAUAUAUAUGUGUGUGUGUGUGUGUGUGUGUGUGUGUGUGUGUGUGUGUUGUGUGUGUGUGUGUGAGUCCGUUUUGUCUGACAUGAUGGUGGGAUGAAGUAAUGGUUUGUGUAAAGUCUCCCUGCAUAGUAAAUCAUAUGGAUUUAUUGUAUUGAUUUCUACUCAUUAUGUGUUUUUUUCUUUUUCACAGUGGCAGAUUUCCAAAAGCUACACGAGGCCAAAGAUGUUUUAUGUAAUCCAGCCAAAAGAAAAAACUACGAUCUUUGGAAAAGAAGCGGUGUUACUAUUCCAUAUCAGGACUGGCAAGCCUUAAAUGACACUGUGAAAACUGUAUGUGUUGUCUUUACUCAGUAUACAUUUGUAAAGAUUUAAUCAAAAAGCUGAUGAUGAAUUUAAUCCUGUUUGCAGUCAAUGCACUGGGCAGUAAGAAAUAAGAAGGAGCCGAUGCUGGAGGCCUCAAAAGCAGAUAACCCUGCCACUUCCCAAGCAGCAAGGAUCUGUCCAUGUGAUAUCAUACAGUCUUCAAGUAAGUCAAUGUGACACUGCUGCCGAGUAUUAAUGGCUGUAUAUUUACAUGUAUGUAAAUAUAAAGAUGUAGGGCACAUAGACUCUUUAAGGCUUUGGAUUUUCUAACUUCUGAUCUCUGCCUAAAUGAGAAAAGGUCACUUUCCAUGUUUACAACGUGCAAUUUGAGGAAACAAAUCUAUUCUCAACUUAUGCAUGUUAUCUAGAUUUAAAUAAAGAUUUAAAUCUAAAUCCAGUGAUUCAGCCUGGCAUCCACUGGUCAAGAACUGACUGAUGAUUUCAUCAAUUUUCCAGUCAAGUAAUUCCACAUCUACUUUAUUUUAUUUUCACCAGUUCUGAUCAGAGCAUUUGAAGCUGCUCUUGUAAAUUCUCACGCCAACACACCUUAACAUUUACAGUUCACUUUAAAGGCUGAUUUUUUUUUUUUCUUUCUAGGGGACUCCUUCCAUCCACCAUACCAUUGGGUUUCUGAUUCAUCAUCCAGCCUGCUUCAAAAGUUUAGAAAAUAUGAAAUAUAA